AUGGGUACUUAUACAAGUGAGGAUGAAGUCCUUGAAUUAAAUGCAGAUUUCUCAGAUUUUACAUCUGAUGAUGAAAAGGUUAUUGAGCAGAAAACUGAAACGAUUACAGAUCCAGUAAUAAAUGAGAAAAUAUGGUUGAAGUUUUUUAGGAAGGGAAAGGUCUCUUUGAGGGAUAUUCGUGAUGACUUGUUGAGAAUACUGGUGAAAGUUUAUGGUGUAAGCAUUAAUGGAAUUUACUUGGUUGAUAACUCGGUCGUUUUGGUCGAAAUAGAAGUAGAUAGUUCCUCCAAGAACUUUCUUUUAUUUAUUUACGAGGAACGGCUGGGCAAUAAAAUUGUCAAUCGUAAAUCCUUUAAUGACACCACUAAGUUUUGUGAUGGAAAGUUUUCAAUGUCGAUCAACAAUGUUGUUUUGUUUCUGGUAGUAUUAUCAAGAACAAGAUUGAUUUAUAUUCCCUGCAAAACUUGCUCUCUUCCGUUUGGUCUUUCAAAUGGUGAAGUAAUUAAUAUUGAAACUAGUUCUUUCUUUGUUGAUGAGAGAUUCAAUGUAUAUGAAUGUCUGUUAGCACUUCAGGGUGAGUUGGAUAUCUUCUCGGACUGUCUUAUAGGAAUCAGAAUGGAAUUGGAUAGUGUUGCUGAGAAAUCCUCUCGUAUUAGAUUUAGCUUAAAGCUUGGACAACUAUCUAACACAGUUUUAAUGAAACUUAAAAAAUUCUUUGGAAUGACUCACUUCUCGCCGACCACUUUGCAUCUUCUGCCUUCAAUUAAUGAUGCCUCAAGUGAAUCCAGCUCAAUUCAACUUCCUGACUUUGGUCCUUGUUUGAUGAACGCAGACUUAUUGUAUCCGAGAGACUCGCCUUCGCAGGAUAUUGGUAGAAGUAACAUAAACUCAGUUAAUUUUUUUCAUUUUAGGCGCAACAGCAAGACAAUCAAAAGGAAAAAGAGACAUUCAUUGCUUUACAGUCAGACCGCAAGCAUUAACUAA